UGACCCGGAAGCACUAUUGACGGGCCACCCACUUCCGGGACAGCAGACAAGAGCUUGGGCUGGGUUCAACUCAGCCUGAGACGGCCAUUUUCCAUGAGAGCGGAGUAGCCACCGAGUCAUUUUUCGGGCCGAGGACGAACCCGGAAGGGCCGGGAAAGUGGGGCCGUCCGGGGCUGUGAAUAGGGUGGCCGGCAGUGACGAAGAUGUUUUCUUUUUCCACCACGGUGCAGCCUCAGGUCACAGUUCCUUUGAGUCACCUCAUCAACGCCUUUCAUUCACCCAAAAGUCCAGCUCCAUUAUUUGCUGCAACAUCUACCCAGUGUGUGCAAAAAGAAAUAGCACCUGAACAUGAGGUACAGAACAGUGAGCCAAUACUUAAUCUACGAGACCUAGGACUGUCUGAUUUGAAAGCUAGCCAGCUUAAUGAACUAGUGGACAGGCUACUUCCUGGCUUUUGUGUAGAAAACAAAAUCUCUUCACACUGGCGAACAUCAUAUAUAUCCACACAGUCCUUCUUUGAAAAUAAAUAUGGUUUUGCAGAUGUCUUUAGUGUCUUGCGUUCAUCUUACCUGUACAGACAGCAGCCUCGCCCCCUCCAGAGUGUAUGUUCAGAUCUUCAGCGUUGGCCAGUUUUUAUUCAGACUCGAGGCUUUAAGACUCUGAAAUCAAGAGCAAGACGGCUGCAGUCCACAUCGGAACGAUUAACAGAAACAGAAAAUGUAGCUCCCUCAUUUGUAAAGGGGCUUCUGCUGAGAGAUCGAGGAUCUGAGAUUGAACGUUUAGAUAAACUGAUGAAAACAAAAAAUAUACCUGAAGCUCAUCAAGAUGCCUUUAAAACUGGAUUUGCUGAGGGCUUUUUGAAAGCACAAGCACUAUCAAAUGGCUUUUUCAGACGAACCCGUUUCUUUUUCACUUUGCUGGUAAUAAUUGGCAUUUAUGGCUUGUCAAAAACCCUUUAUUUAUCUGGUAAAGGCUGCUUUUCUGAUACUGUGAGUUUUAAAACAAAUUCUGACUUUGAUGUAUCCGUGGACCCUAUUCAGAGGAAAAAUGUCACUUUUGAGCAUGUUAAAGGGGUUGAAGAAGCUAAGCAAGAGUUGCAAGAAGUGGUAGAAUUCUUGAAAAAUCCUCAGAAAUUUACUGUACUGGGAGGUAAACUUCCUAAAGGUAUUCUGUUGGUCGGACCACCUGGUACAGGCAAAACCCUUCUUGCAAGAGCUGUGGCAGGAGAAGCUGAUGUUCCAUUUUAUUAUGCCUCUGGAUCUGAAUUUGAUGAGAUGUUUGUUGGUGUUGGAGCCAGUCGCAUCAGAAACCUAUUCAAGGAAGCCAAAUCAAAUGCACCAUGCGUUAUAUUCAUUGAUGAGCUAGAUUCUGUUGGUGGCAAAAGAGUAGAGUCUCCAAUGCAUCCCUACUCAAGGCAGACUAUUAAUCAACUCCUUGCUGAAAUGGAUGGUUUUAAACCUAACGAAGGCAUCAUUAUCAUUGGAGCAACCAACUUCUCUGAAGCAUUAGAUAAUGCUUUAAUACGUCCUGGUCGCUUUGACAUGCAAGUUACAGUCCCCAGGCCAGAUGUAAAGGGCCGAACAGAGAUUCUGAAAUGGUACCUUGGCAAAAUAAAGUACGAUGAAUCUAUUGAUGCAGAAAUCAUUGCAAGAGGUACUGUAGGAUUUUCUGGAGCUGAGCUGGAAAACCUUGUGAACCAAGCUGCAUUAAAAGCUGCAAGUGAUGGAAAGGAUAUGGUUACUAUGAAGGAAUUAGAAUUCUCUAAGGACAAAAUUCUUAUGGGCCCUGAACGUAGAAGUGUGGAAAUUGAUGACAGAAAUAAAACAAUUACAGCUUAUCAUGAAUCUGGGCAUGCCAUUAUUGCAUAUUAUACUAAAGAUGCAAUGCCAAUCAACAAAGCAACAAUUAUGCCACGGGGACCAACACUUGGACAUGUGUCUUUGCUGCCUGAAAAUGACAGAUGGAGUGAAACUAGGUCCCAGCUGCUUGCACAGAUGGAUGUUAAUAUGGGAGGAAGAGUUGCAGAAGAACUCAUAUUUGGGAGUGAGCACAUCACAACAGGUGCUUCUAGUGAUUUUGACAAUGCUACUAAAAUAGCAAAGCUAAUGGUGACUAAGUUUGGAAUGAGUGAAAAGCUUGGUGUUAUGACCUACACGGAUACAUGGAAACUUAGUCCGGAAACCCAGUCUGCAAUUGAACAAGAAAUAAGAUUUCUUUUAAAGGAAUCAUAUGAGCGGGCAAAGAAUAUAUUGAAGAACCGUUCAAAAGAACACAAGAAUUUAGCAGAAGCGUUGCUGACCUAUGAGACUUUGGAUGCCAAAGAAAUUCAAAUUGUUUUAGAGGGGAAAAAACUAGAAGUGAGAUGAUAAACUUCCUUGUCAGGCGUUCUAACUGAUUACUUGCAAGAAUGCAGUAGUCUCCUUAUGCAGCGUAGCUUUCUUUUCUUUUGGAUGCACAUGUGGUAAUAAUCACAUUUCUUAAGGAUAAACAAUUUGUCUUGUGAGCUUUUGUUACAUUUUACCUAAUUUUUGCCUUUUGCUUAGAAAGCGGCGCAAGAGCAAAUCAAGUUCCCACAGAUAUUAGACAUAUGAUCUCAGGGUUCAUUCUAGUUUGUUUGGAAACCUCAAAUACCGAAGGUUGAAUAUGUGUUCUUAACAUGUAAUCCCAUGCUAAUUGCUCCAUGUUCACUGGAAGUAUAUCUGCCUGCUAUGUUCAGUCUUGUGGCUUGAGAUACCUUGAAAUGCUGCAGGAUUUACAAGUUGCAGAGGAAUGACACUUCCAUCUGGUUUAUUUCCAGGGGGUAGUUGGUAAAGCCUUCACUCAUUAUUCAGAAGAGACAGCAGAUUUUAUUUAGCAGGUCAUAAUGGACUCCUGGAAGCUGGGACCUGGCAUCGCUGUAACAGAGCUACUCUUCCCCCCACUAGUCUUUAUAUAAAUGCAAGGGUGUUGGAAUCCUUGAGCGCAAUAGAUGGGCAGAAAUGCCUUUAGAAUACUCUGUUUGGAUGCUUUUUAGACCAUGAUGAAGAACUUAGUGCGGAUGGUAGGUGGAAUUGCCAUGGCUAAGAAGAACUGCAUUGCCUCCUCUGAAAAUAUUUCCCAUUUUUGGGUGGUAUGGGGAUGUGACAGCAUUGCUCUGAAGCGGCUGUCCAUACUGUUGGAUUUUUAAAAUGAGGUUAUAUAUGGCUAUUUGAGAGCCCUGUCAAUUUUAUAAGAGGGCAGGUAUUGAUCAGUCAAAGAGUACUUGGAUUACUCCUCUUGUCCCUUUAAGUUGCAGCCCAUUUUUGGCAAUAAACACAUUUUUGUGUUUGAAACGUUCAAUCCCUCCAGCCCAUAAUGCUACCCAAAUACUUCAAAUAAAAUGUGUCCAAGCACUUUCUGAAAUGUUAGAAUUGGGAUGGGGUGGGAAACAAUUGGUGGAUCGUUCUCACAACUUUAACCCAUUUCACAUUCAAAAAAGGUAUUUUUAAAAAAUUGUGCCAAUCAGUAGGGCAAAAUGGAAGAACGUUGACAACGAACUUGAUAACACUAGCGCUAACAUGGCAUUUUGCGGGGAAUACCACUGAUAGUGUAAUUAUUCUUGAAUAGGAAGGGAAUUCUCUUUCAGCAAAUCCAAUAUUUCAUUGCAACUUUUUCUUGCUUUUUCUAUUCAGUCAACCUAGUAAGAUAGGGCGGGACCUUAAGACUGUUUUUUUAAGCAGAAUACCAAGCUGGUAUGCUGACACAUUACAAGUAUAUUCUUCUGUAGUAAUAUGCAGUAAAGGAUGUGUGCAAAUACAGCAUGCUUAGCCCCUUUUAAAAAACAAUAAAGAUUUUGUUUUAAUUAUGCAGAAAACAUCCCCCCCAUUGUAAUAUGCUUUAUCUCUGGUUUCCCUCUUUUGUAAAUUGAGGUGUAUAAAACAUAUCUUAAACCUGUAAAUAAAUUUGAGAGUUAA